UUUCACCUGACGGCUAAAUCAGCACACUUCACCAGAGGCGAACCACUGCCAGGCCUUACACAAAACACCAUUCAUUUUGGAUUGUUUGUUGUCUUAAAAGGUUUAUGAUGGAGCAGGCAUUGAUGCUGGAAGUGAUUGCUUUUUUUCUGCUAACAGUUCAUCUGAAGACAGAUGUGACAGAGGCGAUGCAGGUGACAUCGACAGGCCCACAGACCAUUCAGAAGGCCCAGGCACAAAACGUCCUGCUCGGGUGCACCUACACGCCCGGACUCCAAGACACUGGGGAGCUGGACAUUGAGUGGUCCAACGUCAGUCCAGACAUGACGCAGAAAGACAAACUGCACUCAAUGUUUGUUUGUCAGAUCUUGGCCUACACAGAAGGUCGUAUUCUCAACUAUGACUCCAGCCUCUCGGGCAGGCUCCGCUUCACAGGAGACCCCAAGCACGGUGACGCAUCCGUCUCUCUUUCUGAUUUGAGGAUCUCGGACACAGCCACAUACCAGUGCAAAGUCAAAAAGGCGCCAGGAGUCGACAUGCGGAAAGUAACUAUUGUCGUAAUGGUUCCCCCGUCUGUGCCAAAAUGUUGGGUUGACGGCAAGGAGGAGAAAGGCAGUCCGGUCACUCUCCGCUGCAAAUCGUACCAGGGAUCCGCUCCUCUCACGUAUACGUGGAGAAGAGAAAGUGGCGGAUCAAAACCACCCUUGGCCGUGCCACUAAACGCACAGAGUGGGGAGUAUUUGAUCAAGAACCAUUCAGACAGUUAUGCUGGAAGUUACGUGUGUGAGGCCAAAAACCCUGUUGGAAAAGCAGAGUGUAAAUAUGCACUGCAGGCACACAACCCCACCAAUGAAGUCGGCGUCAUAGUUGGGGCUGUGAUAGGCGCCCUGCUCCUCCUCCUCCUCCUCUUGCUCGCCAUCUGGCUCUCGGUCUGCUGCUGCCUCAAAUUACGCUAUGAGAAGGAGGUUGCGAAUGAAAUCAGAGAGGAUACCCGCGCGCCGGAGAGCCGUCCCCCAAGCAGGAACUCCAGUUCCCGCUCAGUCCUGGGCUACCGCACCCACCAAGGGGUGUCCUACAACUCGGUGGGGAACCGCCUGCCCAGUGUCGAUGAAUCUAACGCCAGCCACCCCAGCAACAGCGACAAGGCCUCGAAACUAAGCGCUACAGGGACAAGACCCCUUCCUCCACUCAAAUAUGACCAUCGCUACGGUUACCCCGUGUAACUACAAUUUCUACGCAAUGGACUUCUGAAAAGUACUUUGAGGGUACAAGAUCUUGGAAGACAUGUUGCUAUUGCCAAAUGGUGUCAUGCAGCAUAUUAACCACAACAAUGAAGGCAUAUUGAUAGUAUGCUGAUACUGUACUGUAUAUGACCAUAAUACAAUCAGACCUUAGCUAUUGGACUGGAUGUCCUUCAUGAUGCACUGUCUAUGUUUUGUAUUACUGCUGGUGUGAAAAACAUCAAUAUUGUCUUGA